GGCCAACCACUACUAUCUUUGUCAGACCAGUUCUAAGCGGACAGAGCAUCCUUAAGCAUCCUAAUGACCUGGAUCGCUAAGUAAUUGUAUCAUCUUGGUCUGGGCGAUUAGUCUGCUGGUAUAAAGUUGUUGUUUUUUGAUAAAGAUCACGAAGGCUAUCAUAUUUGCAUACCGGUAUCUCUGGCUCACUUCCUUUUCCAACGAAGGUCAACAUGGAACAAAGCCGAGAUGAUCAAUUUGAAACAAGCCGCGGUGACCAAGACUUCUACUUCAAACACUAAGAAGUCGUCAACAUUGUUUUAUCUACUGGCGAUCUGCUUUGUUCAGGCCGGUAUCUUUACGCUGUACAAGGGGCCUCUGCAACAUUUUAUAUGGACCAGUGAUAUCCUGUCGAAGGCAUCCAGAGAAACGAAUUUUACUGGUGGUGAUAACGACUCUGUCUCCAUCAAGAACGAGCAGGAGCACAUCAUCGCUUCUGAUCAUGUAAUCCAAUGGACACCCCGAGAAAGGAAUGUCACUGGCAGUGAAAACAUCUCUGUCUCGAACAGGAACGAGAACGAGAACAAGCAUAUCAGCGCCUCUCCUCUUGUAACCCAAGGGACACCUGGAAAGAGGAAUAUCACUGGUAGCGAUAACGACUUUAUCUCCAACAGGCACGAGAACGAAAACAAGCAUAUGAACGCCUCUUCUCUUGUAACCCAAGGGACACCCGGAGAAAGGAAUAUUACUGGUGAUGAAAACAUCUCUGUCUCCAACAGGAACGAGAACAAGAACAAGCAUACUAGCGACCCCCCUCUUGUAAUCCGAGGGAAAUCCUAUGAGUAUCGUUCCGAUUAUCGGUUUGAACACAUCCAGCGGAGCACUACCUGCAAGGGGCGCCAGGGAAUCGAAAACAGAACCCUCCUACRCAUUGACACCAGCAAAGAAGGUAGCUUCCCGGAAACCCAAUUCACCGACUACAUCAACAAAACAAUCAUUUCAAAUUUCAACACCAACCCCCGAUCGGAUUUCUGCAACGCCUUCACGUUUUCCAUCAAUGAAGGCAAGUCUAACGCACAGAUAGAAAUCGCCGACAUUGGUAAUAAGCGCUUKAMRAGAACCUUGGGUCACUACAUGAAGCUCUUUGACAACUAUGUUUUUUCCGAGGAUUGUGAACGUAACGUCCCUCGGUCUCCGUCAGUUCUMGGAGAAACAGAACAAACGCUGGUAGGCUUCGUAUUAGGCGAUGUGGCURAAGAGGUUGAUCACAACUUUCAGUGCCUUGCACUCGGUUCUACCGCGGGAACACCUUUUUCCACCUUUAAUUUCGAAACAGUGCGUGAUUUGGUUGGAAAUUACCACACUGCCAAACUCGACAAUCGAUUUGCCCACCUUGCCGAGGUUCCAUGGGAGAAACGGGAUCCGAUUCCGGUCUGGCGGGGAACUUUGUGGGGCUGGAAAGAUUAUGGCGAACGAUUCUUUAUGCAAGAGAAAAGAGGAAGAUUAACGCUCCCAGAAAUCAUCGACCACUGGUUUACGCCCGACCCUAACACGCACCACCAAAGAGUCCCCCUUACGGGAUUUUCGCUYAAACGUCCAGAUCUUUUGAACGCCCGGGGGAAAAUGGAAARMAUGGUUUCCAAACACUAYCCCACUGCGCAAUUCUUAGCAGCRGUUGAAAAAUUAACGAACACCACCAAGUUCACGAUAGAUGACAUCUUUCUCCCGUUCGAUCAAAUCCCUCAGUCGGAUUACUACUCCAAGUUUCAAGUUGUUGUGGUCAUGGGAGGUAUUGGAGCUGCCUUUCGGACGGCCGACCAUUUGGCCAUGGGGUCGGCCGUAAUCAUGCAAGAUUAUCCAUACAAGGAAUGGUUCUUCCCGUAUAUGACCCCCUAUGUGGAUUACAUCCCAUUGGAGAUGCACCUUGGGAACCUCGAAGAAACCCUUCGGUGGGUCAAGGACAAUCCGCAACAUGUGAAACGAAUUGCAAGGAAUGGUCGGUUGUUUUACGAACGAUAUCUAUCCUACGAAAAGAUUGAAGAAUUCUAUUAYGAGCUCUUCUACCGUUUGGUUGAGGCCAGGAUCUAUAGGGGAAUCCAAUACACCAUCGAAGCCGAAAGGAAAAAACCCGUAAAGAAAGUCACAAAGAAGAGCAAACGAGGAAGGAUAUGAGACGUACUCCGAAAGGUACCGCYAAUGCAGCGAUGGUAUGAACCACAUGAUUCGCCGGAAAAGAUGCCAAGAGACUGAGUUCGAUCAAACGCGAAGCGAUCGUCUUGUUGCUUUCGGUAURAACAGAGUCGAAGGCUGCGCUCCCUUUGGGGGGGAGGAGGUUGGGAUCGACUCUGUCCCAAGCAUGUUUGUUGUUCCGGUGUGUAUGCAACAAUCGCCGGUGGUUUAGAGAUGGCUAGAAAGCGAACUAUUUAUAAUUUACAA